GGUGAGUAAGGGCUAGCUGACCACGCUGCUGUGCUGCGCCUUCUCUGAUCCCUAGAGGGCCCUUUCCAGCGGUAAGAAGGGCAGGAAUCUUUCUGACCCACAGAUGGGGACCACAAGAGAACAUCAGGGGUGGUGGACUUUGGCAUGUCCGCGCACUGCGAGCCAGCAGAGCCUGGAUCCGAAAGAACAUCCUUUACGUGACCAUUCCAACUCCCUUCUUCACCUACACUGCUCCCGAAAUGCUCCUCGUCUUCCUCUACUUCCUGGUCCUCUACUUCGUCCUCCUCACCAACGUCUCCCGAAGUCCCCUCUUCGCGCCUACCAACAGCACCGUCCUCGGUACAGGUAAUCGCUCCGCUAUGGUCUUUAUGGCUACUCUGCCUUGGAUCAUUGCACUAGCGACAAAGAACAAUCUCAUCUCGACUUUUACUGGAAUACCAUACGAACGCCUACAGAUCUAUCACAGGGCCUGCAGCAGGAUCAGCUUGAGCUUGAUCCUGAUGCAUGCCGUCAUAAAGCUCAAAGCGUCCACGAGCAUGGCCAAAGACUGGAGACGAUGGGGCAUCGGCGCCUUCAUCUUUGCCGGGGCGCUCUUCGUCACAAGCCAUCGCAACGGUAUGCAGUGGUGCUACCAGGUCUUUGUUCAUCUGCACGCACCACUAGUGGCAGGUCUCUUCGUCUCCACCUAUCUACACACUGUCAAUACGCCCCUCGCACAUGUCGUGCAGCCUCUGCUUCUGGCAAGCGCGACGCUCUGGGCCAUCGAUAUGCUGCAGCGCUGGGUGCAGUUGAUUUACCUCAAUGCCCUCUAUCGACCGAGGGCAGCAGAUGUCUCAACUUCAAGGAUGACAAUUCUUUCUCCGGGUAUGCUUCGCGUUGAGAUGACCAAGCCGGGCCUGCAGAAGUGGCUACCCGGUUCGCACGUCUACUUAUUCAGCCCCCCUUUCCUCGGUGUAAGUCCCUUCUGGCAGUCCCAUCCCUUCACGAUAGCUUCCGUGUCAGAAGAAAGAAGUGCACACCAGAUCACUAGCGGAAGUACUGGCGGAGAAAAGAGGAAGUACGGUCACAAGUCUCGCAAGUACGCAAACGGAUCUAUGGAGCUUCAAUCACUGCGUCAGAGCGAGGUCAACGAAGAGCAGCUGCCGGCCGAGUCUCCUAAGCACAACCGUGUCUUCUCAACUGACACCGAGGCCGACACUUCCACCGAGGUGAGUGGCCAAUCGAAGCUGGUCUUUCUCAUCAAGAAGCGCAAAGGCUUCACAAAGAAGCUCUACGAGGCUGCUCAGAUGGGCAAGUCAUCUCGUCUUCUCGUCUACGGUCCUCUCUCACCACCUGUAUCCUACCUCUCGAGCUACGAAACACUGGUCUUCUUCGCCGGCGGCUCCGGCGUCUCGUGGACAUUGCCCUUGCUGCUCGACGCGUGCCGCAAUCAGAGCAAGAAUUAUCGCAUGACUCGUCAGAUCUUCUGGAUCUGGUCCGUGACCAAUUCGGAGCACAUGCACUGGAUCGAAUCCGAGCUGACACAGGCACUGUCUACCGACAUCGCUCAAGUGACAGUAGACAUUAGGAUCCAUAUCACUCAGGAGACUGCGCAUAGUCGGGAUGCGCCGCGUGCUUGGGAGGAAGUGGUUCCUUCGAGUAGCAAGAGCAACAGUCGCCAGAGAGCGCCCUGGAUCAUCCAGGGAAGACCAGAUGUGUAUGGUCUGAUGAGCUCCGCCGUUGAGAGUGCUGGUGGUCGAAUCUGGAUCGGAGUGUCUGGUCCAGAAUCGCUGCAGCUGACUGUGCGGAGCGCUGUGCGAGACUGGAUCGAUCCCUCUGCAGUAUGGCGCGGCGAAGCCAAGGGUGACCUGACGCUGCAUUGCGAGUCCUUCGGAUGGUAAAGGUGGCCACUGAUCUCUUGCAUGGUGCUGCGAUUACAUCGAGGCUUAUCGGUACCUCUGCUUGCUCUUGUGCUCCCUCUCCAUCUCAUGUCCUUUGCCUAUCCUUGAUGCCGAUCCUUUCUUACACCCGUCCCACGCGUCCCAGGUCUUCCCUCUCUUCCGUGCCGAGGGGAAAAAGG